GCGGGCAGGCGGCGGCGGCAGCUGGAGCUGGUGUCCCCGCCCCAGUGCGAGCGGCGGGGCUGGGCGGGCAGCGCUGUCGCAGGCAGGAGCAGAGCUGCCGCGCCGCGCCAGGGGGGCUAUGCGCCUCUCCGCCUCCCUCUGACCGCAGCCAGCCCGGGCUGCAGCAGCGGCAGCAGCCACCCCAGCAGCGGCGGGAUCUCCGCCGUGCCCUUCCAGCGCCGCCGCCACCACCGCCAGCAGCAGCAGCGCCGGGGCCCGCUCGGGGGGGGGUGAGGCCAUGUCGUCGGCGGCGGUGGCAGCAGCCGCCGCGGCGGCCGCGGCGUCCCGCCGGCAGUCGUGCUACCUGUGUGACCUGCCGCGCAUGCCGUGGGCCAUGAUCUGGGACUUCACGGAGCCCGUGUGCCGCGGCUGCGUGAACUACGAGGGCGCGGACCGCGUGGAGCUGGUCAUCGACACGGCGCGGCAGCUGAAGCGGGCGUGGCUGGGCAAGCCCAAGACGGUGCGCGACACGCUGCUGGCCCUGCACCAGCACGGCCACGCCGCCGCGCCCUUCGACGGCAAGUUCAAGAAGGAGCCCGGCCUGGGCGGCCGCCUGCUGCCCUACGACACCAACGGCGCCGGCGCCAAGGCCGGGGCUCGGGCAGCGAGGAAGAGGAAGCCUUCGCCAGAACCAGAAGGUGAAGCUGGACCCCCUAAGAUCAAUGGAGAAUCACAGCCCUGGUUGCCAGCCUCAUCAGAAGGGAUGAAAAUGCCCAUGACAGCAACACCUUUCAUGUCCCCUCCACCACCAACUGCCUCGCCUCAUUCCAACCGGACCACGUCGCCGGAGACAGGCCAGAAUGGCCAGUCCCCUAUGGCUGCGCUCAUUUUGGUAGCAGACAAUGCAGGGGGCAACCAUGCCUCCAAAGAUGCCAAUCAAGUUCACUCCACCACCAGGCGGAAUAGCAGCAGCCCACCCUCUCCAUCCUCUAUGAACCAAAGAAGGCUGGGUCCCAGCAGGGAGGUGUCAAGUCAGGGGGCAAACACUGCUGGGGGGUUGGAGCCUGUGCAUCCUGCCAGCCUUCCGGACUCAUCUCUAGCAGCCAGCGUCCCCUUGUGCUGCACCCUGUGCCAUGAGCGCCUAGAAGACACCCAUUUUGUGCAGUGCCCCUCAGUUCCUUCUCAUAAGUUCUGCUUCCCUUGCUCCAGACAAAGCAUCAAACAGCAAGGAGCUAGCGGGGAGGUGUAUUGUCCCAGUGGGGAAAAAUGCCCUCUGGUGGGCUCCAAUGUCCCUUGGGCCUUCAUGCAAGGCGAGAUUGCAACUAUUCUUGCUGGAGAUGUGAAAGUGAAAAAAGAGAGAGAAUCAUGACUUUUUCCAGUGUCACGAUCCAACAGCACCGUUAACUAAAACUGCUUGAAUUGUGUAUAUAUCUAUAAAUAUAUAAAUAUAUAUAUAAAUAUAUCUCCAAGACAAGGGAAAUGUAGACUUCAUAAAACAUGGCUGUAUAAUUUUGAUUUUUUUGAAUACAUUGUGUUUCUAUAUUUUUUGAAGACGAAAGGUAUGUACUUAUAAAGGCAUUUCUUCUUUUUUGUUAUAGCUACUAUUUGUUGUGCUUCCCUGGUGACAGUUACUGUUCAACGUAGGCUGUGACUUGCGCUGCUUUUUUUAGAGAGCACUUGGCAAACCAGAAAUGCUUCUAGCUGUAUUUGUAUGCACUUGUUUCUUUUUAAAAUGCCAAAUACACAUUCUGACAUUGUAAAGAUUG